UUUCCAGAAAAUCGUGUGCAUUUAAAUGACGAGACAGAGAGGAUAUGGAAUACCCCACCGGAAUUAACGCCAGAGGCAGGCCAGGAUGGAAAUUCACCCCAACCAAGAUUUCUACCAUUCUCAGCGAGUUUCUCUCUGAGUGCUGGUGGUAGUAAUGCUCAUUCCCUGAGUGUCGGUGGUAGCCAGGAUGGUAUCAGUCUAUCCCACAGCCAGAGUAGCAUUUCAGGGGGCUUUGAUAAUGCCGGCUCUGGAAUAUCAGCGAGUCAAUCCAGCUCUUUCUCCGCAGGACUCUCUGGAAUAUCCGCCUCUGAUGCAAAUGCAUUCAAUUUAAAUCAUCCGGCAUUUGGAGGACACUCUCAAGCUGAUAGUAAUUCCUUUGCACUGGGUCAAGCGGGUUCAGGUGCUCAUGGAAUUGUUGGCAAUAAUCAGGCGAGCAGUGAGGCUCAUUCGAGUGUUGGUAAUGCACACUCCUCAGCAUCGGGGUCAUCUCCAGUGGCAAAUGGGUUUGAUGCUGAGGAAGCGAAACGUCCUCUCGGUAAUCGAGGUGGAAAACCCGCCUGGACCAAUAUAGCGCCUAAUUAUGAUAUCGGGGGUCUCUACACUCCCUCAUCUGGCGAGCCAGUCGUUAAGAUCAACGCAGGCCCU